UAGCACAGUUCAUGCUUGUCUCUAUAUAAUGUCAUUAAGUCAUUCAGCUAAGCACAGAUAUAUCCCUCAGUACUCACCAUAGCUGAAACAAACUCUCAUCAAAUGAGUCCUCCAAGUUUAAUAUUUCUAGUUCUCAGCUUCAUUGCCUUCAAUCCUUCAAAUGCAAAACAAGAACAACCUUUUUCAAUCAAUAUUGAUAAUUUUCUGGACAAAAUUUAUCUGUGGGGAGGUGAAGCACAAUCCCAGAUACUUAUUUCAGGCCCUUUGGUACUGGCUGGAGUUCUGUGCUUCAUAGCCUCAGCUAUAUCUAGUGCCGGUGGAAUAGGUGGGGGUGGUCUUUUUAUACCUAUAUUAUCUAUUGUAGCUGGUUUAGACCUGAAAACUGCUUCAAGUCUCUCAGCUUUCAUGGUCACAGGAGGGUCAAUUGCAAACGUUAUGUGCAAUAUGUGCAUCACAAGUCUUAAAUUUGGUGGCAAGUCAUUGAUUGACUAUGACAUAGCUCUUUCGUCAGAACCAUGCAUGUUGUUGGGAGUGAGUCUUGGAGUUAUUUGUAACCUUGUGUUCCCAGAGUGGUUGAUCACAGUACUGUUUGCCAUCUUUCUUGCAUGGUCUACGUCAAAAACUUGCAGAAGUGGCUUGAUGCUUUGGAAGUCUGAAUCGGAUCAGAUAAAGAAAAUUGGAGUUGACGAACUUGAGAAGGGGCUGCUAGAAAACGAGACUGUUGAAGAAAGGAAAGUGUUAGCAGUAGGACAUGUGUACAAAGAAAAUAAUGAGCCAAAAGAUGUUGAGGUGCCUGUUCCUCUUUUGUCUCCUCAAGGAAAUAGGAAAGUGAGAAUCCCUUGGUUGAAAUUGAUGGUCUUACUUUUGAUCUGGUUCUCUUUUUUCUCUGUCUAUCUUCUCCGUGGCAACAGAUACGGACAGGGAGUCAUUGAAAUGGAGCCAUGCGGUGUGGGAUACUGGAUUCUGUCAUCGGUUCAAAUACCUCUUGCUGUGGUUUUCACUGCUUGGAUUGUAUUUAGAAAAGAAAGCCUUAGAGACCGAACUCUUAUGCAAGAGAUAACUGACGUGAAGGUGGCAGCAGUCACCAAAAAUAGACCAUCAAAUAUACUUCUUUUUCCGUCAAUGGCACUAUUAGCAGGGAUAUUGGGUGGUGUCUUUGGAAUUGGUGGUGGAAUGCUGAUUAGUCCACUUCUUCUUCAGGUUGGAAUAAAACCUGAGGUAACAGCAGCAACAUGUUCUUUCAUGGUUCUCUUUUCUGCUUCCAUGUCAGCAUUGCAAUAUCUGCUGCUGGGAAUGGAACAUGUAGAAGCUGCACUAAUCUUGGCCAUAAUGUGUUUUGUUGCAUCACUUCUUGGGUUAUUAGUGGUACAAAGAGCAAUUAGGAAGUAUGGAAGAGCCUCUAUAAUAGUUUUCUCGGUUAGUAUAGUGAUGUUUGUGAGUAAUGUUCUAAUGACUAGCUUCGGAGCCAUAAAGGUUUGGACAGACUAUGAAUCAGGGGAAUAUAUGGGGUUCAAACUACCCUGUUGAAAACAGUUUUGUUAGACCAGUUUGUGAAUCCUUUCAUUUCAUGUCAUCAAUAUCAUAGGUAGUCAUGAAUCGAGAAUAACCUUGGACCUUCUAUUUCAAGACUGAGAAAGACAAAUGUGCUACUUGACAAAGUAACCAGAGAGGAUCCAAAUCCUUAUUUUGUAUGACCACAUGCUUAUUGCUAGGGUAUUCAUAACAAAUGUUAGAAUUUGGGACAUGCUUCAACUUUAUGGUAUUCUUAUUUAUAUGCACGCAAAAGAACAUAUCAAAACUUCCUAUGAAUAAAUGGGCGAAUACUAUUCAAAAGGGAAUAAAAAAAUUGAAGAGGUCAUUAACUAUUCAAGAUCCAAAUGAAAGAAUCCCAGAAAAGUUAUCAAAAUCAAGCCUCUACAACCAAUAACACGUUUUCUUCUCCAUUUCAAUAAAGCAAAAAACAAUACAAAGUAAAGUAAUCGGUGGAUACGGCUAAUAAAUGAACUUUAAGUCUACCUUCAGUGACGUUUCCAAGUAAUGUUUUAAUUCUGGAGCCAUAAAGUUUUGGUAAGACUAUAAAUCAGGGAUAUAUGGGGUUCAAACUACCCUGCUAAAAACAAUAUCUUAAUUGCGUAGUUAUCAAGAAUUAACUAUUUCUGUUAAAAUUACUUGAGUUUGUUGGAUCCUUAUUUGUAUAGCUACUGCUCUUAGGAUUUUAAUUCAACACUUUCUCAUUCUGAGAUCAAUGGAAUGGAUAAUUUCUCUCCCAAGUUCUCCCUAUUCAUAUCUCUAACUUGUUAGAA